UUCAAAAAUAAGCCCCACCCGCACCCCUUUUUACCACUCCCCCCAUUCUCUCUCUCCCACUUCCCUCUCUUGACGCCAAUAACGGACCUCCAUUAAUGCCCGCCUCUCCCUUGCUCUCUCUCUCCUUCUUUCUCAGUAUCAUCAGCUGCUUGCUCUCACUUCCCCUCUCUUUCUCUCCCUCUGUGGAAGUGAAAUCAAUGAUGUCGCACAUUUUAAGAUCUGCAUUUUUUGUUUUCCCCUUUUUUGCUUCUCUUUCUCACUUUGCUUGCUCUUGUCACGCAUUUUUGAAUUAGCUGAGAAUCCUAGGGUUUUUCUUCCCUCCCGUGAUCUUCUCUCAACCCUCCUCUCUCUUCCUUUCCGCUUCCUUUCCUCUAUUAUCGAUCUCGCUGCCUCCAAUUCAGGCAUCUUUCAUGACUGGUACUGGUUAUGGAGAAGUUUCGCCACAAGAGAUCCAACGUUCCUACCUCUGCUGAUCGCUCCUCCCAACCCCAUCCUGCUCUCUCUGAAGGAAACAAGGGGGUUCAGAGACGGAGAAAACAUCCUAAUUUGCUCCCCGAUUCCAGCCCUUCCGCUAGUGUUGUCGCAUCUGAAAAUUCGUCGUCAUUUAAAUUCGGGUGGAGAUCUUCAAAACAACUGCUUGGUACUCCCAUAAAGAAGUUACUAGCUGAAGAGAUGUCGGGAGAAACUGAGUCCAAAAGAAGAGCUCCUAGUGUUAUUGCCAGAUUGAUGGGUCUUGAUGGGAUGCCCUUGCAACAAUCUGCUAAUAAGCAACAUAAAAGUUCCUCUGAAGUCCAUCUGCAGAGAAGACAACAGUUGGAGAUAACUCAUAGUGGUCGAUCAUCCAGGAGAAGCUCAGGGGAUCAGCAAGAAUUUAAAGAUGUCUUCGAGGUCUCAGAGAUCCCAAAGGCAGAGAGCUGUAGGUAUCCGUCCCAGGGUGCUGACUUGAUUGCAACUGAUGCUGAAAUAUCAUUCAUUGAACAGAAGUUCAUGGACGCCAAACGUCUGGCAACUGACAGGGAUUCACUCUCUUCAAAGGAAUUUGAUGAUGCACUUGAGGUUCUGGAUUCCAACACAGAUCUUCUACUAAAAUAUUUUCAGCGGCCAGAUUCUUUAUUUAAAAAGCAUCUAAAUGAUCUGCAAUCUGCUCCACUUCAAUCACAUUGUAAAUACAUAGAAGCUAUGAGAUCAACAAAUAUGGAGAAGUAUGGAACAGCAUCAUGACUUCAGCUGGAGGUCAGCUCGGGACGCAACCAGGUUGAAUUGCAGUGGAUCUCAUCAGAAGCAUCUUGAUGGUUAUCCUGCACAAUUUGACAGAAGGCAUGCUGUCCAUAGUUCACCAAAAUCACCAAAGCUUAGUUGAG